ACAUGUACCGUUAAGGUGUGGUGGAACAACAAUAAGGAGGCGUGUUUCAAGCAUCCGUUUAAUAGAACAGGUGGAGAGACGGACACCUUCUGAACAACGACCAAGAAAGGGACGUGUGUCUGUGUAUAAACACACCAUGUGGAAGUGGAACUACCUUUUGGUCGUUUUUAUGUUUGCUAACUGCUUUGAGCCCAGUACCGGCAGCGGGAGAGUGUCUGUACAUCUGCUGGAGUAUCACAGGUCAUCAGAUGCAGGAUGCAAAGGAAGCUUGUUCUCAUCUCAUCCCUGUGACCUACUGUUCACCGUCUGUUUCAAGGGGUUGUCCGGCAAAGAUUCCUGUACAAAGACGAGUGACCAGUACAAGGGCACGAGGGAUGCCAAAUUUGGGACGAGCAUUAACGGCGGGAUAGCCAAUCCCAUCGUCAAGUCGUUUACUGCGUUACAGACAGGUGCGGAGGUUGAGGUCAAAGUGGGUGAUGAUUACUGGUUGUCAUCAACACCUCUUCCUCUGGAUGACUUGAAGACCCCUCUACCGUCGUCUCACAAUGGUGCUAACGUCACGCUUACCGACAGCCAUGCAAGAUUAACACUGACCAUCACUGUGACCUGUGACCCCCACUACUAUGGACCGAACUGUUCUGUCCUGUGUAACCCAGGCUCAGCUGACCACUACACAUGUGGCCCGGAUGGGUCAAAACACUGCAUUAAAGGUUAUACCGGAAGUUCCUGCCAACAAACACCGUGUCACAACGUUGCCUGCCACAACGGAGGAAAGUGUGUCGUAGUAGGGUCAACAUUCAAUUGUUCCUGUCCAUCUGGAUUUAGUGGUGUACAUUGUGACACCACCCUCUGUAUCAAGAAUCCAUGUCAGAAUCAAGGAACAUGUCAUAUUGUAGGGUCGAAAGCAACAUGCUCCUGUAAAUCUGGAUUUAAUGGUACACAUUGUGAGACCACUCCAUGUACAAAGAAUCCAUGUCAGAAUCAAGGAACGUGCCGUUUUACUGGAUCAAAGGUCACCUGUUCCUGUAAAUCUGGAUUUAACGGUACACAUUGUGAGGCCACCCCGUGUACAAAGAAUCCAUGUCAGAAUCAAGGAACGUGCAGUUUUACUGGAACAAAGGUCACCUGUUCCUGUAAAUCUGGUUUUAAUGGUACACAUUGUGAGACCACCCCCUGUACAAAGAAUCCAUGUCAGAACCAUGGAACUUGCAGUUUUACUGGAACAAAGGUCACCUGUUCCUGUAAAUCUGGAUUUAAUGGUACACAUUGUGAGACCACCCCAUGUACAAAGAACCCUUGUCUGAAUCAAGGAACAUGCCAUUUUACUGGAUCAAUGGUCACCUGUUCCUGUACAUCUGGAUUUAAGGGUUCACGCUGUGAAAUAUUACUCCUAUCAACGUCGACAAUCAAGGCAACUACCUCAACGUCAGCCGCUACAUCGACUAGAUUAAUAAGUACGACAAAACAAAGAAUAUCAACAUCAACACAAAAACCAUCCACUGUGACAUCGACGACAGCAAAGACAUCUUCGAUAACGCCUAAUAAGCCGAAGACAUUAUCAGUGAAACCAACAACAGUCAAGAAGGCCCAAACAACUGUAAAGUCCACAACCACUAAUGGCCAGAAGACAACGCCUGGGGCCACUCGUGGAACAGCGCAUUCUGUUAAUAUAUCAUCUCCAAUAAUACUAUCUACAAGACGAACCACGUCCCAAAAAUUGAAAAGCACCGAAGCCGCAACAAAGACAACACCAAAGUCGAUUUCAUCAACAAAAAGAACCACACCCAAAAGGCCAAAAAGCACCGAAACCUCAACAAAGACAACACCAAAGUCGAUUUCAUCAACAAAAAGAACCACACCCAAAAGGCCAAAAAGCACCGAAGCCGCAACAAAGACAACACCAAAGUCGAUUUCAUCAACAAAAAGAACCACACCCAAAAGGCCAAGAAGCACCGAAGCCGCAACAAAGACAACACCAAAGUCGAUUUCAUCAACAAAAAGAACCACACCCAAAAGGCCAAAAAGCACCGAAACCUCAACAAAGACAACACCAAAGUCGAUUUCAUCAACAAAAAGAACCACACCCAAAAGGCCAAGAAGCACCGAAACCUCAACAAAGACAACACCAAAAUCGAUUUCAUCAACAAAAGAACCACAUCCCAAAGGCCAAGAAGCACCGAAACCUCAGCAAAGACAACACCAAAAUCGAUUCCAUCAACAAAAGGAACCACAUCCCAAAGGCCAAGAAGCACCGAAACCUCACCAAAGAUAACUUCAACAUCUAAGAAGACACCAACGCCAACGUUAUCAACAUUUGUCUCACUGACCUCGCACACAUCAACAUCCUUCAAGCCAUCCACUUCAAAGCAAUCUUCAGGAACACCAAUGACCUCCAAAACCAGCAGACCUACAGCAACAAACCCUCUCCAUAG